AGACGAAAUGUUUCUCUUCGUGGCUGUGAUCCUGUUAUGGACCGGAUUGAUAGUAAACAGUGAGAGACAUUCCCUUUAUUACAUAUACACGGGUCUCUCCAAACCCAGCGGACUCCCGAGUAUCCACGAGUUCACAGCUAUGGGUCAACUGGACGGAAUGCUGAUCGACUAUUAUGACAGUGAACACAAUCAGAAGGUUCCAAAACAGAACUGGAUGAAAGAUAAAUUAGAUCCAAGCUACUGGAUAAGAGGAACACAGUCCCGUGUGAGCAAACAACAGUGGUUCAAAGUGAACAUAGAGAUCCUGAUGCAACGAACGCGAGUUAAUGACUCCAACGUACAUGUUCUUCAAUGGAUGCACGGAUGUGUGGGUGAGAAAGAGGCUAAUGGAACCCUGACAUUCCGGAGUGCGGUAGACACGUAUAGCUACGAUGGCUAUGAUUUCAUAGCAUUCGAUUGCACACAAGAGGUCUGGGUCUCGGGGAUCGAAGCGGCCCAGCCUACUAAGAGGAAGUGGGACGGGGUCAACACACUGAACGAAUACACCAAAGGCUACCUGAUGAAAGAGUGUAUGGAUUGGUUGAAUAUUUUUGUCAAGUAUAACCAAAAGCAGCUAGAGACAGCGUCUCCGCCUGACGUGUUUGUAUUCCCAAAGAGUAUAGACGAGACCAGGAUCACGUUAACGUGCCUGGUCACAGGUCUCUACUCAAAAGACAUCACCCUGAACAUUAAGAAAAACGGGCGCGUUUUGUAUAAGGAAGACGGAGUGUUAACCUUCGGCGUGCGACCAAAUGACGAUGACACUUUUCAGCGAAGAGACUAUGUGGAACUCUUAAGUAGUGACACGGAUAUCUACACCUGUGAAGUCAUUCAGCGUGCAUCUGGGUUACAUGUUGAGAAGCAAUGGGACCGUGAACUAUAUCCUGUGCAUGGGAAACGAGGAUUUGUAAUACACGGACUUGUCAUCGCUGGAGUAUUUGUCUCUAUUGGACUGAUCGCAAUGGGAGCAGUGCUGAUUAUCGUGUACACAAAAUGUUCAUUUCUUAGAUGUAUGAGUGGAACCAACGCAUCCAGAAAUGUGUCUAUGAAUACUGUCUCUGUUGCUGUCAGUGGCGGAGUCGUAAAGGUACACGGUUCAGUCACAGAUGACACCGGAUCGGAUAGACCUCUCAACGGCUGUAGCUGUUUGACCAUGUCUGUAUAGUUGAACUCGUAUCCCACCCGCUGUAUGUAUAAUGUUUGGU